AUGUCCAUACUUGUCCGUUGGCUAAGCAUCUCAUCAACCAUACGUUAUCCACUGAUACCGAUGGUGCUUGAUAAAUCUGGUCUUGGUGAAAGAGCUUUUGAUAUAUAUUCGCGUUUGCUGAAAGAUAGAAUCGUCUGUCUCAUGGGUUCUGUUACUGAUGAGAUGUCUAGUCUUAUAUUGGCGCAGUUGCUUUUCCUGCAGUCCGAGGACAAACGUUCUCCCAUUCAUUUGUACAUAAAUAGUCCCGGCGGGUCGGUCACAUCUGGUCUGGCAAUAUAUGACACAAUGCAGCACAUUCAGCCGCCGAUUUACACUUGGUGCAUUGGUCAAGCGAGUAGCAUGGGCUCGCUUCUGCUAACGGCUGGUACCCCGGGCUAUAGGUAUGCUUUGCCACAUGCGCGCAUUAUGGUCCAUCAACCCUCUGGCUCAGCACAAGGUCAAGCAAGUGAUAUACAAAUUCAGGCUGAGGAAAUUAUCAAGACUCGAAAACUGUUAAACUCUCUGUAUUCUAAGCAUACAAAGCAAUCCUUAGAGGUGGUAGAAAAGUGGAUGGACCGCGACUUCUUUAUGACAGCUGAGGAGGCCGCACAGUUUGGGUUGGUCGAUAAGGUACUUUACCCCACUCCAAGCCCAGGGGGUAAGAUGGAUGAGAGAAUUGGAAAAAAAGCAAACUGA